AUGGAGGAGGAGGAAGUGGCAGCUGCGGUGAGCUCCUCUUCCUACACUCACUGCUACUCUCACUCUGAAACAAGAAUGAAUAGGAUCCUGUUUAAUCCCCGGAAGUCGUCUUUGGAGGAGAGCAUUUCCCCAUGGCUAGGACAGAUCUGUAGCAUGAAGGCCGCUGGAGAGGGUGUUCCUCAGGGUUUGGGCGGUGGCCCUCUGCAGACUAUCAGCAGUAAGGCUGGGAGCGGGUACAGGGUGCAGGGAGUUCUGGGCCUGAAGAAACCACCCCAGGAGCCUGAAGCUCAAGCUCAUAAAGUUUCUGUCCUGGAUCCACCACUGCUCAGCAAAAGACAGUGGAGACCGCUUUAUUUCUACUUCAUGGAGCAUUUCUAUUUUUCUCUGAAAAAUGUAAUCGAGGAGCAGGAUGAAGCUAAGGAAGGGAGAGAGCCUGAGGAUCUCAAACUUCUGAGGAAACUCACUCCCGUCCUGCCCUCCCCACACCUGAGGAUGGAGGAGGUGACGGCAGCCCUGGCCAACAUGCAGGCAGAGCUCAUCUGUCCCGUCUGCCUGGACUACCUCAGUGACCCCGUCACCAUCGAAUGUGGACAUAACUUCUGCGACUCCUGCAUCCGCAUGUCAUGGAAGGACCUGCAGGACACGUUCCCUUGUCCCGUCUGCCGGCACCCCUGCCAGGAGAAGCGCGUCAGGGCCAACGCCCAGCUGGGAAGGCUGGUGGACCUGGCCCGGCUCCUCCACAGCUCCAGCAGCAGCGAGACGGCGCGGGGAGAGGAGCGCAGGUGUGAGGAGCACAAGCAGGAGCUGAGCCUCUUCUGUGAGGAUGACCGGGAGCUGCUGUGUGCCCUGUGCGCCCAGGGCCCUGCCCACCAGGGCCACCACGUCAGGCCUGUGGCCGAAGCAGCGGCUCAUCACAGACAGAGGCUCCACGGUGACAUCGAGGCCCUGAAGAAGAAGCUGGCAAAGGUGCAGAAGCUGGAAGUGGCCCAGGACAGAAACCUCGCGCGGCUGAGGGAGGACGUGGGGAAGCAGCGGAGGCAGCUGGCCUCGGAGUUGGAGCUGCUCACCCAGUUCGUGGAGCGCGAGCAGGAGGCGGCUCUGGGCAGGCUGGCAGCAGAAGACAAGCGCCUGCAGCAGCAGCUGCGGGCCAACCUGGAGGCCUACUCGGACCACAUCUCGGCGCUGAAAGACCUGCUCCGGGAGGUGUCCGAGAGGGCCGUGAUGUCCGAGGAGAAGGUGCUGAGGGGCCUGCGGGGCCUGCAGCAGCGCUGGGAGAGCCUGGAGCCCCCGGCCGUGCAGCCCCUGCGCUUCCGCCCGGCGGCCUACAGCCUCCCUCCGCUGUGCUCGGCGCUCAGCAGCGUCAUGCAGAGAUUCCGAGAGCGCGUCAGCCUGGACCCCCGCACGGCCCACCCCAGCCUGCGCGUGUCUCGGGACCUCACGUCGGUGACCUGCGUGCGGAAACGGCCCAAAGGGGACGCGGACCCCGGGCCCUGGGCAGAUGCCACCGAGCUGGUGGUGCUGGGCCGCGAGGCCUUCGCCUCUGGCCGCCACUACUGGGAGGUGCAGGUGGGCGCCAAGCCCGAGUGGGCCGUGGGCGUGUGCACCGUCGCCCCUUCGGCCCAGGCCCCGCGGGCGCAGCCGGCCCCCAAGAGAUGCUGGACGCUGCAGCGGCAGGACGGCGACUACCUGGCCGUGGGCGCGGGGGUCGUGCCUCUGGCCCUCGGGGACCCGCCCGCGGCCCUCGGCGUGUACCUGGACUGGGAGCUGGGCCAGCUUUCCUUCUACAACGCCGCCGACAGGGCUCACCUGCACUCGUUCACCGAGCACUUUGCUCAGGAGCUCAAGCCGUACUUCCGCGUGGGGCCCGACUGCGCCCCUCUCUCAGUGGGCUCAGGGAGGGCAGAGGAGGGCUGA